GUAUGAGAGAGGGAGCCACAGCACAGCACAGUGAGAGAGUGUGUGUGUAUGAGCGCGCCUGCCUGCCUUCCUGCUAGCCUGCCUGACUGUGUGAGUGUGUGUGUGUGUGAGAGGGAGAGUCAGUAAGCGUGUGGAUACUACUCCACCAGACUGCAUGUCUCUGGCGACACUAGGGGAGCAGCACACACAUUACAGAGGCAGACCCUCAAACAGGAUGUACUACUGACUAGAACCAUUCAACGUUGGUCCAAUCGGAAUCCACGCUUCAACAUUGUUUUGAUCACCCGGACUGGGAUAUGUUCUGGUCAGCCUCAGAGAACAACAUUGAUCUAUACGCUGACUCGAGUAGGGCUGAACCAGAGUUCUGACAGAACUGCAGGCCAGGAGGACACCAGGACAGUGUGCGGCGGAGUGAGCAGACAAGACAGACAGACUACACAAGGCCUAGCUCAGAAGCCCUAUCAUGGCGUCCAACAACACAGCAAGCAUCGCCCAGGCCAGGAAACUGGUAGAGCAGCUGAAGAUGGAGGCCAACAUCGACAGGAUAAAGGUGUCCAAAGCAGCAGCAGACUUAAUGUCAUACUGCGAAGCCCAUGCCAAAGAGGACCCGCUCCUGUCGCCGGUGCCCGCAUCCGAAAACCCUUUUAGGGAGAAGAAGUUCUUCUGUGCCAUCCUGUAAACAGGAUGUGGUUUAUUUGGUCUGCUCAUCUUGGGACAUGAACGAGGACGUUCAAUAUGUAGACAUCUUCUAACAGGAGGGCUUGGUGAAGUACUAGUGCCCCUUUCUCUACAAUGGCACCUAAAGAGUGCAAUUAAAAACCACAGAGUAACACGUUACCAUUUACAGAGGUUAAGGGGUGUGCAGCAUGUUUGAUGGAUCCAUCUGUGUAGUCAGAUUACAACAGAAGAUAAGUGUGGUUAUCCACCCAAAAACAUGAUGGACAACCAAUCAACCAAGUCUUCAGGUUGUGUUGUGUUUUUAAAAAUGAAGGAAAAAACAACAACAAAAUAUUGUGUGGUUCUUUUGGAAACUUGAAAUCCAAGUGUUAUGUUCAAUGGUUUGUGGUGGGCUGGGUAGGGUAGGUGUGCUGGCUAACUGAGCUGCUUACCACGAGAUAUUACCACCUGUGUAUCUGAAUGUUUUUUAUUUUUGUUGUUUAUUUCAUGUUGAUUUUGAUUCUGAGAUUCAUUGGUUUGGCUAUAUCACUUAGAUAUCUUUGUAUUAUUGUACAGUACCAGUCAAAGGUUUGGACACACCUACUCAUUCAAGGGUUUGUAUUUAUUUUAAUAUUUUCUACAUUGUAGAAUAAUAGUGAAGACAUGAA